GCGACAGGCGACAGACAGGAGCAGCGACCGACAGGAGCCAAAAGAGGAUGAGAAAGACGCAGUCUCUCUCUCUCUCUCUCUCUCUCUCUCUUUCUCUCUCUCUGUCUGUCUCUCCCUUGUCGACGGCGGGGGGGGGAAUUGGAAUGUUUUGCUUUGGCUCGAUCCAGACUAGACGGAAGGCGGUGGCUGGGGCGGACAGCGGUGGCUGGGGACGAGUGUGAUUGGCUGUUGGGGAGCGGGAGAAACAGGGCAGCUGAAGAUUACCGUACGGUACGCGUAUUACAGGGCCAUCAUUGCGUAGAUGGUUGCGU